CCGGUUUGUUGAAAGAAAGAUGAUGUUAGAAUAAUGUUCUAAUUUCCAAAUUGUUUGUGCAUAUGCACUCUUAGUAAAACUAAUUUUUUUUAUGCUCCCAGUCAUGCCAUGGACUGAGGCAUAUGAUGCAGACCUGCGAGUUGUGCUUGAGGACUGUUGGCUGAGCAACAGUUCAGCUCCAGGGCGUCCCGGUGCCCCUCGUGAAUCUCUGGUGAGGAAGUCGUGUCCUCUUCGCCCCUCAGUGGGUUUGGAGCCGAUGUUGUUCCACAGUCAGACAUCCAGCUUCAGCUUUCAGGUUCUUGCAGAGUACACCUACUUAGGCUACUUUUAUCUUCACUGUCAGCUUGGAGUAUGUUCAGCUGAUUCUCUCCCUCGUCCAGCUGUUAAUCGGUGUAUAGACCCAGGACAUUACUGUGGUCAGUCAACAUUGAUGAGAGCAUUUGAUAGUCAGUCUUCAUCAUCUUCACUACAGACACUGACCCUGGGACCAUUCUCCAUGGAUUCAAGCACCAAAUGUAAGUCAGUUGCAGUGAUUGCUUGUUCAAUUGGCUUUGGGCUCAUGUUUGUACAGCAAAACUUCGAUUUCCUGGAGUAUUAGGAAGUUGCAGGUGGACUGUAAUUGCAUAUGUGGAGGAUAGAGAAGAGAAUGUUUUGCUGCUGUCAUAAAAAUAUCGGACACUUUUGUAAGCAAUGGACUUUGUUCAUUAUAUGUAAAUCAGUUGAACCAGUGGAAUUUUGUCCAGUAUUUCUGAAGGCAGAAAGUACUGGACAUGUCAUGUUUUUCUGACCGGAGGAAAAGAGGAGACAUGAAAAAACCAUAUUUAAAAUUAUGAAAGUAAAGUAUGUUGUGAAAGAUUUGACAAAGGCAACUUAACUCCAUCACUUGGCAUAAGACUCCAUAGUUACCAAGUAAGGAAGAACGGCUACCAAAAUAAUACUAUAAAGACAAAGUGGUAGAUUAAUAGAAUGGUUUACCAGACGCUGUAGUUAUUAUUAUUAUUAUUAUAUAAUCAAAAAAGAAGCGCUAAGCCACAAGGACUAUACAGCGCUGCAGGGCAGGAAGGAAGCGAGGGCAUCAGGUGGCAAAAGGGAGAUGGAUGAGUAAUAGGUUAUGGAUAACAGCGGGGCAGUGGAUGGUGAAAGGGUAAAGGGCAGCAAGAGACUGAACUAGAAAGG